UGGUGAGUUUGUUGUGAACACAAAUAACAAAAUGAAGUUCUUGGCAGGGAUUCUGUUAGCCCUAGCAGUGGCCGCCUCCGCGAGGCACAUCACCCUUGAAGAUGUUAUCGAUUUAGAAAAAAACACUCAAUAUGGUUACAUUUCUGCCAUCAGCUUGCCUUUAGCUGACAAAGUUCGUAUCGCUGAGAGCGAAGGUAGACAGAAUCCAUCCAGAAUCAUCGGUGGUUCAUUUGCUGCUCCGGGAGAUUUGCCGUACCAGGCUGGACUUGUAGUCCAUCUACCCUUUGGUAACGGUAUUGCCAGUGCAGCUCUCAUCUCCAGUAAUAGAGUAAUAACUGCUGCACACAACUUAAACGAUGGCGUAUCGAAUGCUCUAAGUGUAACUGUGGUCCUUGGAACUACCACUUUAUUAGGAAAUGGUGUAAGGUUUACCACUAGCGACUUCGUUUUGCAUGAAAAUUUCAACAUUUUCCGUUUAAUAAGUGACAUUGCUAUUAUUAACUUGCCGUCAUCUGUUGAAUUCUCAAAUGUCCUCGCUCCCAUCGCCCUACCUUCCGGAUCUCAGCUUGAAGAGGACUUCGCUGGUGACAUUGCCAUUGCCUCUGGUUUCGGAAUCAAUCCUAUACUUGGUGGUGUAGGCGUUAUCUCAGAUCAACCUGUUAGUUACGUGGACUUGCCUGUGAUUUCGAACAAUGAAUGCGCACAACUCUACGGAAAUAUUGUUCAGCCUGGCGUAGUAUGCACAGGCAGCGUUGAAGGCAAAAAUAUUUGCACUGGUGACUCUGGAGGUCCUCUUGCGGUGCAAAGAAACGACAAGCCACUCUUGAUUGGUAUUGUAUCAUUUGGAACACCUGGAUGUUCCGGUGGCUCUUAUUCUGGCUAUUCUAGAGUCAGUCACUAUAUAGACUGGAUAAAUAAACUUCUGUAAAAUACAAAAAUGUGUACAUCUAAAUCUGUUUUUUACUGCAAAAUCCGUCUUCGGUUACGUCCUUCGCUUUGACUCAUUCUAUUUUUAUUAUAACUCAUUGAUAAAAACAACCAACUACAUUAAAUUUGCUGCAAACGAGCUGACGGAUUACGUGAUGAUUAACAAUCGACGCCGCCAAUGGACACUCACAACACCAAUGGAGUUUCGAGUGCGUUGCCGGCCUUUUGGGGAUUAGGGUUUUUGAUUUGGGUAGGAAAGGGCAGGGGAAGGAUUGGGUCUCCAGUAACCUCACUCACAACAAAAACAACACUUUGAUUGUUUCUCGCCGGUUUUUUAUUUGAGGUUUUGGUUGCCUAUUAUUUGAGGAGCUGUGAGAAACUAACUUUUAGAAAAGUUUUCAAACAAAAACUCAUAAGUUGUAUGUUAUUGUUAUGAUAUGUACUUCGAUUAUUCGGAACGUGCGAAGUGGGUGGAAAGGGUAAAGAAACCGAUCGCGGCACAAAUAUGUAAAAAAGGACAAGUAAAUAAAAACACUCUUAA